AUGACUUCUGCAGUAAAGUCCGAGCAAAGCAACAGAAGUGUUUUAGUGCAGUUCAUUCUUAUCUACUUCUUUAUACAUAUUGUCAUCUACUCUUCGCAUAACUACAGAGAGACACUGGCUAAGGAGGUGUUCAAGAUAUCCUCGCAAGACUAUUCGUUCAUUGAAAUGAUCAGUGUAAUUAAGCUCGCUGGCUCUAUUACUUCUACCUAUAUAUCACAGAGAUACGUGCGGCCGCUGGUGGUUACUUUUAUAGCCACUUCCAUCUUCAUUCUCUCUCUCGUUGUUCUGAUUAACAAUGUCAUAGAGAAUAAGUACGCCAACUUACUCCUGGGGUGUCUUCACAUAGUAGCAGACUCGGCCAUUCUUCCUACGAUAGAUGCCGAGUGUCUGACCCUUCUGAAUAACAGGGGAAUAAGCCAGAAGUUCAGCAAAAUAAGAGUGUUCAGCACGAUUGGGCACAGCAUAACGUAUCUCAUAAACAUGUUCAUACAGAGGACGUUCCAAGACACAAAGAUGGGCAGGAGCAUUCUCAUAAGCACCCUUUCAUUUGGAAUUGUCACGAUAGCCUGCCUAGCCAACACUCUAUUCACAAUAUCGUAUACAUCGGAAAAAGAGGACAGCAAGAUGGUGCACUCUGAUGAUAAAGUACAGUCAAAAUCAAAAAUAUCUCAGAAAAGUUUUAAGAGCGAGAAUGAGAACGCAUUCGAGAAAGUACUUUCUACCUUUAAGCUGUUCAGAGUGGAUUAUGUUAUUAUACUGGCAGCAGCAGUGGGCAGUGGAAUAUCCAGGUCCUCUCUGCAGUCGUAUCUCAGCGAGUACCUCAGAAACACGCGCGCCUCCUCCGACGAAGGAUACAUUUACUUCACGCGAACACUCUGCGAGCUGUUUGUGUGGAGCGUAGUUAUUUGGCUGGGAGACAGAGUGAGCCUUGAAGCGCUGUUCCCUGUGGCCAUAGGCCUGGGGGCAGUCAGAGCUCUUUUCUACUCCAUCAGCCCCUCGAAUGAAAUCAUUCGCUGGAUACUUCCGUACAUAGCAGAGAUGUUUAAGUCAGCAUACAGCGCACUGUUUAUAUACGUAUGCACUAAGUUAGCCCAUAAGUAUGCAGGAAGCAACCAAAAGACCCUUUCCCAGGGCGUGUUCACGGGAUUCUACAGCGGAUUGUCUCCGUUCCUUGCAGGACUUCUGAGCUACCACGUAUUCUCCGUCUCCAAAAACAGCGACUUCCAAGAUAAAGAGAAACUCUUCAGAAUAGCAGGGUGCAUUGGCCUGGGAGCCACUGCGCUUUCGUUUGUCUUGUACCUCAGAAGCAUAAGAAACAGAAAAGUAGCCAUAUAA